AUGGUUGCGAAGAACGAGAUCGACUUCGUCCUGUUCGAUAAGCGUCGCAUCAUCCGGGGUACAGUAAUAAUGCCAUAUUUCAUCAUUGGUAGUGUUCACUGCCUGGUGCGAUCCAGGCGAACCUUCGAGGAGAGGAUCGAGUGGAAGACAUUGCAGAUGGCAAAUCACAGCCGACAACUAAAAUGUUCUACGAGGUGGCCUCAGAGCUCGCAAGUCAAGCAAAGACAGCUGACGAAAAGGCGGAAAGGCAGCUGGGACGAUAACUACGAGAAGCCCAUAGAGAAAUUCAGUCCAUGCGUUAAGUAA